AAAAAGACUUAGGUAAAUCUAGUAUAGACUUAGUAGGCCUUUAGACUAAUUAUUUUUGGCACUAAAGCUUAGAGUCAGAAGUUUUCUUGCUCCCCGAGGAGGGGAUCUGCAUGAUAGACUGAUAGGGUCAAUUCGCUUGCAAGAUACGAGAAUCAUGUACCCCGGGCUAUUGUCUAUCGCUUGUUCGCUGAAGGGAAGGUUAUAUGGGUCUCUGAUCUCCCCAACAUCAUGAAUCUUGAGCUGUCGAACCUCGCCAAUCGUUUUUGACGCCCAGCACUAAAGUGUGAAGUUGUCACGCGAGUCCAGCGACUCAACUCACCAUAAUGUCACCAACAACAAGGCCAUUGCCCGAUGACAAGAAGCUCCCCGAAGAGGAGCAAAUCGCCAUGAAAAAGCUCGACUCGAUAACCCCAGGAGAAGUCGUCGAACUUGACGCUACAGAAACAUUUCUCCGCCAACAUAACUUCACAAACGAAUACAUCGGCGAACUCCUGACCGACACAGAGCUCAACAAAAAGCUUAUCCGAAAGGUCGACAUGAUUCUCCUCCCCAUGUUGAUGGGAACAUACAUGCUUCAAUACAUUGACAAGAAUGCUCUCAGCUACGCCGCGGUAUUCGACCUGUUCACAGACACGGGGAUUUCGUCGGAUCAAUAUUCUUGGUUCGCUAGUAUUUUCUACUUUGCGUACAUGGCUGCCGAGUACCCUUGGCUGUUUCUUGCACAAAAGACACGUAUGGCCAAGGUGGUCAGUGGUUGUGUUAUUGCAUGGGGUAGUGUGCUUUUGUUGACAGCGGCAGGGAAUAAUUUCGGUUCAUUGGCGACGUGUAGAUUCUUUCUUGGUGUUUUUGAGGCGCCGAUCACGACAUGUUUUAUGAUGAUUGUUUCGAUGUGGUAUACGCGUGAGCAGCAGCCUUUUAGAGCUGGUAUCUUUUACUGCUGUAAUGGUGUUGGAGCUAUGCUUGGUGGUAUUCUUACCUAUGGCAUUGGUCAGAUCAAGAACUUCCCCGUUUGGAAGGCUGUCUUCAUGACCUGUGGCGGUAUGACGGUCGUCUGGGGUUUCGUCUUACUCUUCUUCCUCCCUGACAGCAUCAUGUCAGCUCGCCACUUCACACUCGAAGAGCGAGCUUUACUCAUCGGCCGUGGCCGCCUUGCCCGAACUGGUGUUCUGAAUAAGACCAUCAAGUGGAACCAAAUUCGCGAGGCUUUUAUCGACCCUCAAGUCUGGCUGCUUGUCCUGUUUAUGCUUCUUAACGAAACCAUCAACGGAGGUAUCGCCAACUUCGGUAAGCUCAUCAUCAAGGGUGUCGUCAAAGACCCUCUCGAGACUGUCGCUCUCGGUAUUCCAAUGGGUGCUUUCCAAGUCUUCUACAUCCUGUCAGGUACUUUCUUGGCCUCGCGUAUCAAGAACUGUCGUACCAUCAUCAUGGCUAUCUAUCUCAUCCCCACCAUGAUUGGAGUCUGUCUUCUCUGGAAGCUUGAUCGUGAACAUCACAAGAUCGGCGUACUCUUCGGUUAUUACAUCAUUGGUGCCUUUGUUUGCUCACUGGUACUCGCGAUGCAAAUGCCCGCUAGUAACCUUGGUGGCUAUACCAAGCGUAUCACUGCUUCAGCGAUGGUCUUCAUUGCAUACUGCGUCGGCAACGUCAUCGGCCCUCACGCUUUCUUAGGUUCAGAAGCGCCUCUGUAUCCAUCAGGAUGUAUCACGAUUCUCAGCUGCUCAGUUGCUCAGAUGAUAGUUGCAAUUCUGCUUCGUAUCCUGUUGAGCAGACGAAAUGCCCGACGAGAUGCUGCGGCUGCUGCUGUUGGGACCAAUAACGAGGACCCCUCAAUGGUGGAUGGAGCUGACUUGACUGAUUUCGAGAACCCUCAUUUCCGCUACGUCCUGUGAGCUCUUGGUAUCACGGCUGGACAGGGAGAUCAAGGCCG